AUCUCCGAACAUUUCUUGAGCACAUCGCACGAACAACAAGAUCAAUCUUCGUCAUGGCCUCGUCUCGGGUUCCGCGGUUGCAUACCUUGGUGAGAACCCAAACCCAGCUGUUCCAACUUCAACAAAGAAGAUGGGCGCAAGUACACGAUGUACGAUUUCUGGCCACCCAUCGAGAUCCGCAACAAGUCUUGGAUAGGUACAAGCACAAACUAGAUCAAAAAGCAAAGCAGGAAGGCCAUGAUUCGGUAGAGUCUCUCAAAGAAGCAUACAAAGAUAAGAUUGCCGAAUACCGUCGCAAAGCAUCCACUGUCGCAACACCUGAGCCAUCGCCAGCCUCUUCACCUACCUCCACAAAACCCUCCCCUUCAUCUACACCUACACAUCCAACCGCAUCAUCGCCGAUUGCCGCAGCUGCCAGAGCAGCCACAGACUCAAAUACGCCGGGCAUUAAGCCACUGAGUUCCUAUCUCAACCUCGAAAAGAUCCUUACUCUCCCGCCGAAAGAGAUCGAAACACUGUGGAGACUGCGACAUGCGAAUAAUGCCCGCUCAAUCUGCGCGGUGAUUCCAUUAGAGACCUACCAACGGAUGGCGACAGCAGCGCGCUCGAAUCCGCAAUUCAUCCUUCCUUUACCACGACAAAGCGGCAGCACACAAUCAGAAGAAUCGGCCGCUGUUGAAGGUGGCGCUGAUAUUCAUUUCUUACAAUGGGGAUUUCAUCCUCCCGCCGCUUCGUCUUCAUCCUCUCUGCAGACAGCCAACACACAUACCUCCACGGUCGUCUUCACGCACCUUGCGGCCUACAAACUGCACGGCUCAUACGCGCAACCACAUACAACAAUCACUCACCAUCUCGACCUGGCAGAUGAGAAGGGAUUGGUGCUUAUGCACGGACAAGUCAUGCCGGACAGUGGCGUGUCAGUCUCUGAGGCCAGUUGGCUGGUCAGUUGCGUGCAACGAUUUUAUGACUUUGACGGUGAAGGUAGCGGACGCAAAGGCGAGUUGUUGCGGAUGUUUACACGUGGAGAUGUAGAGGGUUUCAAGAUCGAGGACCUAGUCAGUGAGACAGAGACACUUUCCUAGAUGUAUAUAAAUUCAGCUCUGCUUUAUGUUGGAAAACAAUCCUCCUGCUUGACGGAGCACGAUAUGUACAAUUAUUAUUUUGAAUGUAAGAUAUAGGGGUGUCGCCGAGUGUAAUAUUAUCUCAAGUCCCAAAGUCCCU